GAGAAUAUUCUUUAAAAAUAAAUUCUUACGUGAUUUUUGCUUACAGUUAUGGACGGAGUGGUAGGCAAUCAAACCUUGGGCUAUGACUACGAGUGUACUCCCGGGGACGGGACCUACUGUUCCCGGCUAUCAAACAACACUCACGUAUACAUCGAUAAUCCCAAUGAUAUGUUGGAUCCGUUUCACAUAAACCCCGCAUUCCUGACAAUAGUGAUCACACACGCCAUCACAUUCUUCGUGGGCAUAAUCGGCAACUCCGUAGUGAUCGCCACGUGGGCCAGGGGUGGCAAACUGAGGUCCAGCACCGCCACCUUUCUCGUAUCACUUGCCUGCGCCGACCUACUACUCCUGUUCAUAUACGUGCCCCUCGAGACCCUGGAGUAUUUCGUGAUCACGUGGGACAUCGACGGACAUAUCUGUAAGCUUAGCUCGUUUGUCGAGAUGCUGUCCGGAAUGGCAUCUGUGCUGAACUUAGUGGCCGUUUCCGUGGAAAGGUUUUUAGUGAUCGUAUACCCUAUAAGGGCCCGGCAUUGGUGCACAGUUAGCAAAUCGCGGCGAAGUUUGCUUAUCGUAUGGUCGCUGGCUAUCCUAUUCGCGGCACCCAUUGUGUUCAAUAAGAAUAUGUACUCGAUCACCUACUACAAUAACGCCACCUCGCUCACCGCCUACUACUGUUGGGAGUCGGACGAUGAAUGGGCCCUGUUCAUAUCCGUGUACCAGCUCAUGACCCUGUUUGUGAUACCGGCCUUCCUGAUGAUCAUAUGUUACUUCUGGGUCAUCCGUGAACUGUGGGCCUCCACUAAAGUGAUCACCACCCUAACCACCCCCUCAUAUAACAGCAACGGUAUGCGUGUCCACAAGGAUGGCCAGUCGUAUUUGGUGCGGUGGCCCUCCAAGAAAAUCAGCAUAAACUGUAACUCCAGCUGCUAUUCAAACUCCAGUGUCGAUAAUAAUAACUGCGCCAAUGGCACCGGGACGGCCAUGGGCAACUAUCUGAGUAAUAAUGGUAGCCUACAUAGUAGCCAUAAAAACGCCAGUGUCACCCAGUUAAAUCAUAGUAAUAAUAAUAAUAAUAGCGCGCAUAGUCGCACGUACUUCAGCAAUACAAACAGCCACCAUAGCAAUAGCUCCCAUACGGACAGCCUACAAAAUGAGUUUGACUUUUUGCACUCAAGUUACCAUGAUACAUUUCACUCGUUGCCCACCAGGUCACCGGUUACCGAUAUUAGGAAUGCCAGAAAACAG